UCGAUUCGAGUCGGGCGAUGUUCAUGUGAGGUUCCAGGUUUCGAGGGGCCUACCAUGCAACAAUGGCGGUGAACCUUUACGCCUUCAGAACUCAUUCGAGUCGAGUCAUCAGCUACUUGGGAUUAUUGAGUUGCUAUCGCAUCUACACGGAAGCAAUCGAUGUCCUAUACGCGGCCAAUCAAUUCAGUGUCCGGGGCAGCACAGGCCUGAGAGCUUUCCACUCCGUAACACUUUUACUCCAGUGGAAUUAUCCGACACUGAAAAUCUCGACGUUAUUUCUGACCCCUCUGAGCGCAUGCACGAUUGGUUAUAUGUUUGCCAUCAUCUCUAGGGUUUGUCUAGACUGCGCUAUUUGUACAUUGAACUUCUGAUUUGGGAUCUUCAUGAUCGUGUAAAUGCUUCUGACGUCGAAGAGACCUCAUUGUUACCUAUCUUGGAGUCUUUGAAAACUCUUUCGGCGCCGUCAUUCACGGCGGAGAUGAAUAUUGUGAUUCCAGAGUCUGUCCUCACACAGCUUCGAGCAUUUUCGUUCGUUCCACUCGUCAAACAUCGGCACUAUGUAUGGGAUUCGCAUCUGAGCGGCAUCUUUUCCU